AUUUAUCUUCUUUCACCCCAAAAUCUUCACUUUCCUCAACAACAAUUCUUGGCGUUUCAAAAAUGGAGAACUUUGGAGGCGACCAUGAGGGAGAGUUUAGGAAACUUAUAAGUGAGCUUGCAGAAGGGCGGGACGCCGCGGCAAAGCUCCAGAUGAUUCUGAAUGGGCCGCUCCCGGCCCAUUCGGAUCACGAGUUAUUAUUGCUUCACAAUGUCAUUUCCUCCUACAACAAGGCCCUCGCCAUGCUCAACUACAACAACCCGUACUCCGAGAGCACUCAUCCCGUGCCACCGGGUCCCGCAUUCGGAACAGAAUCUUCUUCCGCAUUUACGGGAAGCCCUCACAGUGAAGAGGACUCAGACCGCGGGGGUGAUGGUUCGCGUAAGAGAAAAGCUCCUCGUUGGACGCAGAAAGUUCAGGCGUGUCACGAGUCUGGGUUUGAAGGAUAUCCCGAUGACGGCUAUAUCUGGAGAAAGUAUGGGCAGAAAGACAUCCUUGGGACCAGAUAUCCGAGGGGCUAUUUUAGAUGCACACAUAGACAUGCCCAAGGUUGUUUGGCCACCAAACAAGUCCAAAGAUCCGACGAGGAUCCCAACAUUUUCAACAUCACAUACUGCAGAAACCACACCUGCAACCAGCCGCAGACCGGCGGAGCCGCCAGCCACCACCAGCUGCCGCCCCAGAACCCGGCGGAGAGCCAAUUGUCCAUUAACCCCAUCACCCAAGUGUCCCAACAAGAAACUAUCCACCACCAUGAAAACCACCCAUUGUCUUACCAUUACUUUGACGACUUCCCUUCAACCACAAACGCCGCAACGGAUCAUCACCACCGCUAUGGUUUCCAGCAGCACUACGACCCGAAUUUCGGAUGGAAUGCGUCUUCGCCAAGCGGCUUCGGCCUUGUUGAAGGCAACCAGCGUGCAUUAUUUGCACCUAUUUAUCGUUUGACCAUUUGACAAUGGAAGAACAAUUCAAUAUACAGAAUAUUUUUUCCCUCUUAUCAAAUUCUACAUGGUAUCAGAGCGAGUUCUGAAUUCUUGAGACCUCAAAC